CUGCAGUUAACGUGACCGCUCCCUCAAUCUGGCUGCCAUGGCUUUGGCUGGGACCAGCUGUCUGCAACACCUGACGUCGAAAGUGAUGGUUGACAGCCAAUAAAGAAUGUGGCCACCUGUAGUCUCCCGAGAAAAGGAGUCAUGCUUCCCCGUUGUCAGUGGGAGCAAGCUUGGGGAGUUGGAGGCCACCAUACCUGAUGCUGCUACCCCCAGCACCACCACCUCCCUACAGACAGAGGGCGCUAAGAUGAAGAAGAAAAAGAAGAGACUGUGGAUCAACCUCACCAACUGCAAGUUUGAAAGCGUCAGGCGUGCAGCAUCCCGCUUUGGCCUGAGAGAGGCGCUGGAGGGCGAGGAGUGGACGGUCUACUGGACUGAUCUCACCGUCUCUCUGGAGAGACUAAUGGACAUCAAAGGCUACCAGAAGAUCAACCAUUUCCCAGGGAUGAUCGAGAUCUGCCGGAAGGACCUGCUAGCCAGGAACAUGAAUCGCAUGUUCAAAUGUUUCCCCAAGGAUUACAACAUCUUCCCUCGUACCUGGUGCCUCCCCGCAGACUACAGUGACCUCCAGGCAUAUGCUAGGUCCAAGAAGCACAAAACCUACAUCUGCAAGCCUGAGUCUGGCAGCCAGGGAAGGGGAAUCUUUCUCACCAGGUCCGCCAAAGAUAUCCCUCCCGGAGAACACAUGAUCUGCCAAGUGUACCUGUCUCGGCCGUUUGUCCUGGAUGGGUUCAAGUUCGACCUUCGCAUCUAUGUGCUGGUGACCUCGUGCCACCCCCUGAGCAUCUUCCUGUAUGAGGAGGGCCUGGCUCGCUUCUGCACCAGCCAGUACAUCCACCCCAACAACAACAACCUGCAAAACGUAUGUAUGCAUCUGACCAACUAUGCCAUCAACAAACACAGUGAGAACUUUGUCCGGGACGAGCUGUCUGGGAGUAAAAGAAAGUUGUCGACGGUGUUGGAGUCCCUCUGCUGUGACACCGGGCAGGUGUGGGUCGAUAUUGAGGACGUGGUGAUCAAGGCCCUGAUUGCGGCCCACCCGGAGCUGAAGCACAGCUACAACACCUGCUUCCCCCGCCACACUGCCUGUGGAUCGGGUGCCUGCUUCGAGAUUCUGGGCUUUGACGUGCUGCUGGACCACAGGCUCAAGCCCUGGGUGCUGGAGGUGAACCAUUCUCCUAGCUUCACCACUGACUCUCGGCUGGACCGGGAGGUGAAGGACAAAAUGCUGUAUGACACGCUGGUGCUCAUCAACCUGGGAGCGUGCAACCGCAAGCAGACUCGCGAGGAGGAGAAACGCAGACUCACCGACAGACUACAGCCCCGAGACGUGAGGAACCGCCUGCAGCAGCUGAGGCAGGCCAAUAGUAUGGAGCGUGCCCUGGCCUAUGAGGACCAGCACCUGGGUGGUUACCGCCGCAUCUUCCCUCGGCCCAACGCCAGUGACUACGAUAAGUUCUUCCAGCAUGGAGGCUCCCUCUUCCAGGAAACCGUCGCCUCACGUGCACGAGAGAAGUGUGCUAGACAGCAGCUGCUGGAGAUCCAGGAGAGGCAGGGUCAGAAGAGGAAGAAGGCCUGUUCUCUGGGCGAGUCUGCUGGGGAGAGAAGCCAACCCAAGGGCCGACGGCAGUGCUGUAGCCAACAGUCAAGGCCUCUUCGGUUCCUCCCCAACCUGAAGGUGAAGCCUGGUGAGGAAGAGGAAGAUGAAAAGAAGUCUUUGCCUUUCUCAGAGAUGAGGUCUCGUCGGCUGAAAGAGCUGGGGGUAGUGGAGAAGGUCUACCAGCUCUUAGGAACCCCUCAGUCUAAAAUCGUGGACCGACUGUGCUGCAGGGCAGAGGACUCACUCAUUAACAAUCCAGACACCUUGGUGGACCACUGCUCCAAAUGUGGUAAGAUGGUCGUGCUGAAGAAGAGGAUGGACCUUGUCAACAGGUUCCCACCAAGGGACCACUGCCAGGCCCAACUCCAGAAACCUGAGGGGGUCCAGCCUCUGUCCAGGCCUGUGCUGAGGGUACCUGAGGGGGUCCAGCCUCUGUCCAGGCCUGUGCUGAGGGUACCUGUGCCAGCUGUGGCACUGCCGGCGUUACCCUCCAAAUGCCCCUCGUCCCUGAGCUGCUUCAAGCACCAGGUGGCUUUGUCCAACCAGUGCACUGCCAAGGGUAGAGCCAGUGCAUCUCUGGCAGACGUGGCUCUGAAGGACGUCAGUCUACUGGAAAUUCAGACGCAGGGCUUCCCCUCGAGCAGGAAGAGGCUGGUGACGCGGCCCCGCUCCCCAGAGAGACACUUCUCCAACCCCGGCCUGUGUGUCAUAUCGGACCGUCUCCCCCUGGUCCAGCGCAAUGGACACCCUACCGUCCUGAAGCUCCUCGAGGUCUUGGGCCAAAGUGACAGGACUCCAGGUAGGCUGUUUGCAGUGGGGCCUCUCUGGCCAUGCUAUCCUACCGUUAUCCAGUUGUCCAAGCUCUCUCGACCAAUCAGCAUGGAGAAAACAACACUGACCACACAACCGAAAACUUGCCAUCCAAUCAGAAGCAAGUCCCACUUGACAGAACAUGAGCACACUGCCUAUGAGAGCUACUGAUCUUGCAUCAGUAAGGAAGACAGUUCAGUAAAUUGAUUGUCCAAG